AGGGUCCCCAUUCAAGGGCAGGGCCUUCCCCCAGGGAAGCAGAAAAGAGAACCAGGAGAAGUAAUGUCUGGAAAGAAGGCCAUGGUCUCCCUGCAUGCACUUCUGGUCCUGUUCUUACUCCACAUGCUGCUUUCUGGAGCCUUUUCAGUACCUUUGGAACACCCAGAAGACAAAAAUGCAGAAAUUGUUCAGAAUUACCUAGAAAAGUUCUACCAAUUACCAAGCCACCAAUAUCGGUCUGCGAGAAGGAACAACAUAAGUAUGGUUGUUGAAAAGCUUAAAGAAAUGCAACGAUUUUUUGGGUUGAAUGUGACGGGGAAGCCAAAUGCAGAAACUCUGGAAAUGAUGGAGAAGCCUCGCUGUGGAGUGCCCGACACCGGCAGCUUUGUGUUAACCCCGGGAAACCCCCGGUGGGAAAGCACCGACCUGACUUACAGGAUUAUAAACUAUACCCCACAGUUGUCAAGAGCUGAUGUGGAAGCAGCUAUUGAGAAAGCCUUUCAAGUCUGGAGUGCCGUAAGCCCUCUGACCUUCACCAGAAUCCUUCAGGGAGACGCAGACAUCAAUAUUGCUUUUGCCCAAGGAGCUCAUGGUGACAAUUCUCCCUUUGAUGGACCCAAUGGAGUCCUCGCCCAUGCCUUCCAGCCGGGCCGAGGCAUUGGAGGAGAUGCUCAUUUUGAUGCUGAAGAAACAUGGACUAAAACCUCCAGAAAUUACAACUUAUUUCUUGUUGCUGCUCAUGAAUUUGGCCAUUCCUUGGGACUCGCUCACUCCUCUGAUCCUGGUGCCUUGAUGUACCCAAAUUACAUUUUCAGAGAACCUAGCACAUAUUCACUCUCCCAGGAUGACAUCAAUGGCAUUCAGGCCAUCUAUGGACCUUCAAGCCGCCCUGUCCAGCCCACGGGAGCGACCACACCCAGAGCUUGUGAUCCCAGGCUGACUUUUGAUGCUGCCACCACUCUCCGGGGAGAAAUCAUUUUCUUUAAAGACAAGUACAUUUGGAGACGACAUCCUCAGCUACAAAGAGUUGAGCUGAGUUCCAUUUCCCUGUUCUGGCCAUCCCUGCCAAGUGGCAUAGAGGCUGCUUAUGAGGAUUUUGAUAGGGACCUAAUUUUCCUCUUUAAAGGCAGACAAUACUGGGCCCUGAGUGACUAUGAUAUUCUGCAUGGCUACCCCAAAGAUAUAUCAAACUAUGGCUUCCCCAGUACUGUGCAAGCUAUUGAUGCAGCUGUUUUCUACAGAAGAAAGAUAUACUUCUUUGUGAACACACAAUUCUGGAGGUAUGACAAUGAAAGGCAAUCCAUGGAGCCAGGAUAUCCCAAAAGUAUAUCAAGAUUAUCUCCAGAAAUAGGAAAUAAAGUUGAUGCAGUUUUCCAGUGGUACUAUUUCUUCAUUUUCUUUAGUGGACCCACCUAUUAUGCCUUCGAUCUUAGCACUCACAGAGUUACUAGGAUUUCAAGAAGCAAUGAAUGGCUGAACUGUAGAUAAGUCGAAGAGAAAUCAAAUGUAGCUGGAUGCAUUUUCUGGAUACAGAAGAGAAGUCACAACUUACACACCCAUCACACUAUCCCUUGCUUGUAAUUGUCUCGAUAGUAUGUAAUGUUGUUUUCCAAAACUGUACUUAUUGGGCCUUUCCUCAGUGAAAAUGAAUUUGGAAUAUUUCACUGUUUGCAGAAGCUAUUUUAGUUCCUAUGAAUUUCAUCUUC